AGCUGAGGAUGAAGCGGAGAGCAUCAGACAGAGGAGCUGGGGAAACGUCGGCCAGGGCAAAGGCUCUCGGAGGUGGGAUUUCCGGAAAUAACGCAAAGAGAGCUGGACCCUUCAUCCUUGGUCCCCGGCUGGGUAACUCCCCAGUACCAAGCAUCGUGCAGUGUUUGGCGAGGAAAGAUGGCACGGAUGACUUCUAUCAACUGAAGAUCCUUACCCUUGAGGAGCGCGGAGACCAAGGGCUAGAGAGCCAGGAGGAGAGGCAGGGCAAAAUGCUCUUGCACACCGAGUACUCCCUGCUCUCCCUCCUGCACACGCAGGACGGCGUGGUCCACCACCACGGGCUCUUUCAGGACCGCACCUGCGAAAUCGUCGAGGACUCAGAAUCCAGCCGCAUGGUGAGGAAGAUGAAGAAGCGCAUCUGCCUCGUCCUGGACUGCCUCUGUGCGCACGACUUCAGCGACAAGACGGCUGACCUGAUCAACCUGCAGCACUACGUCAUCAAGGAGAAGCGGCUCAGCGAGCGGGAGACCGUGGUCAUCUUCUACGACGUGGUGCGCGUGGUGGAGGCCUUGCACCAGAAAAACAUCGUGCACAGAGACCUGAAGCUUGGGAACAUGGUGCUCAAUAAAAGGACACAUCGGAUAACCAUCACCAACUUCUGCCUGGGGAAGCACCUCGUGAGUGAGGGGGACCUGCUGAAGGACCAGAGGGGCAGCCCGGCCUACAUCAGCCCGGACGUGCUCAGCGGCCGGCCGUACCGGGGCAAGCCCAGCGACAUGUGGGCCCUGGGCGUGGUGCUCUUCACCAUGCUCUACGGCCAGUUCCCCUUCUACGACAGCAUCCCGCAGGAGCUCUUCCGCAAGAUCAAGGCCGCCGAGUACACCAUCCCUGAGGAUGGGCGCGUUUCUGAGAACACCGUGUGUCUCAUCCGGAAACUGCUGGUCCUCGACCCUCAGCAGCGCCUGGCCGCCGCCGAUGUCCUGGAGGCCCUCGGUGCCAUCAUCGCGUCCUGGCAGUCCCUGUCGUCCCUGAGUGGGCCUUUGCAGGUGGUUCCUGACAUCGACGACCAGAUGAGCAGUGCCGACAGCUCCCAGGAGGCAAAGGUGACAGAGGAGUGCUCCCAGUAUGAGUUCGAGAACUACAUGCGGCAGCAGCUGCUGUUGGCCGAGGAGAAGAGCUCCGUGCACGAGGCGCGGAGCUGGGUGCCCAAGCGCCAGUUCGGCAGCGUGCCCCCCGUGCGCCGGCUGGGCCAUGACGCGCAGCCCAUGACCUCCCUGGACACCGCCCUCCUGGCUCAGCGCUACCUGCGGAAAUAGUGGCCACCACCGGGCCGCCAGCACCAACACCACCACCCCGGCCCCCAGCCUAGGCCUGGCUGCUGCACCGGGCCCUGUAGUGCUGGACUCGCCUAGGCUACAACGGGGACAGAGCAGGGACGGGGACAGCCCACGCCACAUGCCACACGCGGGGUCAGCAGAGGUACCACGGAGCUACCUUGUGGAAUGAUUGCUUGAUCGUUUGGUUUUUUAAUCUGAGAAGCCUAGAUAACUAAUCUGCUUUUAAUCAUGACGUUUAAUCUACCUCUGUCUCUUUAACCAUGCUGUCUCUGGACUGAGCGAGAGGAAGGAGGGGGCCGCCCGCGCCUGGCCCCGCAGCCACGGGCAGUGGGCGUGCCCCUGCAGUCCAGAGAGCUGAAGUGCAGCUCGUGCUCGCUCCCCGUGGCGCCACCCCGGGCUUCUCUGCGGUCUGCGUCCGUCCUGUCCCUUCUGCCUCCACGUUGGAAAACCUUCGCCUCCUCUGACGCCGGAUGCAAAUAUAUUUAUUUUUUUACUGAAACCAACUUCUUUCCCAUCUUGGUGGCUCACCUGGCCACUCCCUGCCCCUAGCCUGGCUGGACAGCAGGGAGUCCACAGACCACGGCCCCUUCCUCGCCCCCAGAACCGAGCAGCCCUCCCUGCCGGCCCCUCCCUCUUGGUUUCAGUGACGGGAGGACGGCCUGGACUCCGCCUCAUCUCAGCUGCUCCGAGGUGCUGCCGCACUGACCACGGUCUCCUCCAUCCUGCGCCGUGGUUCCGGGUAGCGUGGCCCGCUGGCCAGGAGGGCACGCUGGGCCUGGCCCUGCCGCGUGUCUGCUCCCACCUGAUCAGCGGGCACCUCUCCUCCCCCCUCCUCAGACGUCGUGUCUGUCGCAGCAGACCCCGGCCAGACCCCGACCCCUUUGUGGCUCGGUGACUCGGGGAGAAUUAACAGGGACUGGGGGCCCCACCCUGCCUGGCUCGAGAACAGCCCUGCUGCCCGUUUUGAGCCGAGAUUUUGAAGUGAUGCCCGUCUUGCCAGAAAUGCUGUUCUCGCCAGAACGCCCUUCUCGCCCAGCUCCCUCCCUGACUUGCCCCUGCCCUGCCAGGCAGAGACCCUUCUCCAGGGCCCAGCCUACACCCUGGGAGAGGCCGAGUUCACCCGGCAGCCCUGGCCUGGGGAGGUAGCCGAGGCCUCUGUGACCAUGCUUCCCGGAGUGUGAGCUGCCCUCUCCCCUGCAAAGCUGACUCACUGUGAGUGACCUUGGGCAAGUUCCCAAACCUCCUCGUGCCUCAGUUUCCCCAUCUGGAAAAAAUGGGGCCACCUCUUGCCAGCAGUAGCAGGGCCGCCACGCCCCCUCCCACACCCCACCCAGCACGGGCACCUCGGGCCUCUGCCUCCGCAGGUCUGAGCCCAGCACUCGCUCCCCCUGAGCACCGAGCUCUGCCUCUCAGCCCCGCUGCGGAGAGCCAGGAUGGGGUGCUGCGGGUGGGGGUGCCCUCUUUUCUAUAUUUAUUUCACAAAGAAAAGCCUCCCGAGGGAGCAGAAAUGCAGUCCGAUUGAGGGCUCCCAGCCCCCGUGACGUCCCAGUAAGGGGCUGAGGUGCGGCCAGGGCCCCGCUCAGCGGAGCUCUGCCCGGCGGCCCGCCCCCGACGUGCGGCCCGCUUCCAUGUGUGGUCCCUCCUCUCCAAAGCCCACGAAGCCCCGUCGGACAGGCUGGGCCCUUCUGAGGUCAACUCAGCUGAUUCCAUUUCUGACAGCGAGGAGGGGGGUGGGCCGCCUUGGCUGGGUGUCGCGCACUGAGAAGCCUGUUGUAAAGUCACAGUUUGUAUAAAGACCUAUUUUUGUACUACAUGGGGACUCUUCCUGCAUGUCAGCAAUAAAGCUUCCUGACCUGGA